GUUCUGAAGGAAGGAGCCUUCCUCUCAGGCGUGUCCGAGGAGAAGCAGCAGCUUUUUCUUGUCAUCAGCGGGAAGAGGCGAUAGUCGCCGUCUGCUGAGCCCUGGACCUGAGGAAGCGGGGAAGAGGCGCCUCCACAAUCCGGCCAGGGACCUACUGAGGGGGCUGAGCUGUGCGGAGAGGGGCGCGCCCCCCGCGACCCGCCAUCGUCCCCACUGGAGGAGAGAGGAGAGAAGGAGGCCCGGCCCUCUCUCGCGCGCGCGCGCCCUCUUCCCGCCCUCCACGGCUCCGGCUCCUCCUCCCUCUUCCCCGCCCGCCUUUCGGUGUGUGGCCCCGGCCGCCAUGUUGUUGUGGUUGUGAGGUGGGAGGCGGAGGCUGAGCCACAGAGCGGAGGGGCAGCGACGACGAGGGGAAGCCGAGCGACCACCACCACCCCUCCGAGCUGCCGCCGCCGCCGCCGCACCCCCUUCAGGAGUGGGGAAGGACCCUCGCCAUGGCUGGACGCCGCUGCCACCACCGCCGCCGCCGCCGCCACUGGCUUUCACUGUGAAAUAGCAGAACACCUGAACAACGUCUGAAAUUUCGGAAAGGAAGAUUCUAUUACUAGCUGAUUGUUACAUAAUAAAUAGUGUGGCAAAGAAUUGAAAGCAAGGACGAAGACCUUGCCUUUUAAUCUGGCUCUGUCAUGGAUGAAGAGACGCAGCACAGCCUUGAAUGCAUCCAAGCUAAUCAGAUCUUCCCCAGGAAGCAGCUGAUCCGUGAGGAUGAGAAUCUCCAGGUCCCAUUCCCUGAACUUCAUGGGGAGAGCACUGAAUAUGUAGGUCGAGCUGAGGAUGCCAUCAUUGCACUUUCCAACUAUAGACUUCACAUCAAAUUUAAGGAGUCACUUGUGAACAGUGCCUGUAAACUUGCUGCUUGUGAGCUCUCAGUUCCAUUACAGCUUAUAGAAAAUGUUGAAUGCCGGGAUAUAUUUCAGCUUCACUUAACUUGUAAAGACUGCAAAGUAAUCAGAUGUCAGUUCUCUACCUUUGAACAGUGUCAAGAGUGGCUUAAGAGGCUGAAUAAUGCCAUCCGCCCUCCUUCAAAGAUAGAGGAUCUCUUUUCGUUUGCUUACCAUGCCUGGUGUAUGGAGGUGUAUGCUAGUGAAAAAGAACAGCAUGGUGAUUUGUGUCGACCAGGAGAACAUGUAAGUUCAAGGUUUAAAAAUGAGGUUGAACGGAUGGGUUUUGACAUGAACAAUGCCUGGAGGAUCUCCAAUAUCAAUGAGAAAUACAAGCUCUGUAGCAGCUACCCUCAAGAACUCAUAGUUCCUGCUUGGAUCACAGACAAAGAGCUGGAGAGUGUGGCAGGCUUCCGAUCUUGGAAACGCAUCCCUGCUGUGGUUUACAGGCAUCAAAGCAAUGGGGCAGUAAUUUCCCGUUGUGGGCAGCCGGAGGUCAGCUGGUGGGGCUGGAGAAACGCUGAUGAUGAACAUCUUGUCCAGUCAGUGGCCAAAGCCUGUGCCUCAGAUUCCAAGUCUAAUAGCAGGAAGCUGGUGAAUGGAAACUGUUCAAGAGACUACUCCAAUGGAGGAGACUUCUCUGAUGUGGAAUUUGAUUCCUCCAUCUCCAAUGCUUCAGGAGCAGAAAGUUUAGCGAUCCAACCUCAGAAACUUUUGAUCUUGGAUGCGCGCUCUUACGCUGCUGCGGUGGCAAACAGGGCCAAAGGGGGAGGCUGUGAAUGCCCAGAGUAUUAUCCAAACUGUGAAGUAGUGUUCAUGGGAAUGGCAAACAUCCAUUCUAUUCGGAAGAGCUUUCAGUCGCUGCGUUUGCUCUGCACACAAAUGCCAGACCCAGGAAACUGGCUGUCUGCUCUGGAAAGCACCAAAUGGCUGCAACAUUUGUCUGUGCUUCUGAAAUCAGCACUUCUGGUAGUUCAUGCAGUGGACAGAGAUCAGCGACCUGUCUUGGUGCACUGCUCAGACGGCUGGGACAGAACCCCGCAGAUAGUAGCUCUGGCUAAGCUGCUCCUGGAUCCGUAUUACAGGACCAUUGAGGGUUUCCAGGUGCUUGUGGAGAUGGAGUGGCUGGAUUUUGGCCAUAAGUUUGCCGAUCGCUGUGGCCACGGUGAGAAUUCGGAUGACCUGAACGAGCGCUGCCCGGUGUUCCUGCAGUGGCUCGACUGCGUCCAUCAGCUCCAGCGGCAGUUCCCCUGCUCUUUUGAGUUCAACGAAGCAUUCCUUGUGAAGUUGGUGCAGCACACAUACUCUUGCCUCUUUGGUACAUUCCUGUGCAACAAUGCGAAGGAGAGAGGUGAAAAGCACACCCAAGAGAGGACCUGUUCAGUUUGGUCUCUGCUUCGAGCAGGAAACAAAGCCUUCAAAAAUCUGCUUUACUCCUCCCAAUCAGAAUCUGUGCUGUAUCCUGUGUGCCACGUGCGAAACCUCAUGCUCUGGAGUGCAGUUUACUUGCCAUGUUCUUCCCCUUCUACGCCUGCAGAUGAUACCUGUGCCCCUUACCCAGUCCCAGGUUCCAGCCCUGAAGAUCAGCCUCUGGGCAGGCUGCCAAAGACGAGGUCAUUUGACAAUCUGACAACGGCUGGUGACAGCAGCAUGCCGACAACCAACCGGCGCAGUAGCGAUCCCAGCCUCAAUGAGAAAUGGCAGGAGCACCGCCGGUCCCUGGAGCUAAGCAGCCUUGGGAACCCAGGAGACGACCCCUUCGACGGAGAAUGCCUGGGCAGACAAGGCAGGAUUCUGGUUGGAGCUGAGCUUUCGGUCGCUGUAGCAGAGGGACAGAUGGAGAACAUUUUGCAAGAGGCUACCAAGGAAGAAGGCGGCUUGGAAGAAUGUGCGAGGGGCAUUUUGGAAACCGCAGGUAAAGAAGGGGAAGAGGAUGUUGUCGUGGAUAAGGAAAGCAGGGCUGAAAACCUGGACACUACUGCUGAUAAAUUGUACGCAAAAGCUGAGCUGGAUACAGUAACUUUAUUAGACAAUCCGGUUUCCAGCCCACAGGAGGAUUUACAGGGUGCUUCUGAGCUUCAAGGACAACAGGAUGAACAUUUAGUUCUCCAUAAUGCUGUCCAGAAGCCGUCUCAGGUGAGGGAACUGCAGCCUGGAUUUUUGGACAAUACUGUAAAUAGUAACAUUCAAAGAGCAGAGGAGGACAGUGUUAGCAGGCUUUCUGUAGAGGUCAAAAGCCCCAAUGGUACCCUCCAGCCUGGCCUCCAGUUUCCUGCCCUGUAUGAGGCAGGAACAUCAAACAUGGAGAGCUCUACAGACACCUUAACGGAGAAUGGAGUAAAGACAGAGCUGAUCCAGAAAGUGUCUUGCCAUUGGCUCCAUCCCAUGGACAACAGUGCUGAUGAGCUUUCCCAAGCUGUCGAAAGUAGGCCUGAGAGAGAGGACUCGCUAGAGCUGCACAAAUUGGCAGUGAACCUAAACAGGACUCCUACGAGCAGCAAGUUACAUGACCCAAUACCUUCACCUUGUGCCUUGCCUUUAGCUGGCUAUAAAGAGAUCGUGUGUAAUGGAGAGCUGGAGCCUGAGAACAAGGUGACGGAGAAUCCUGAAGGGUUCAGUGUUACCCAGAAAUCCCCUGCACCAAACGGACACUGUGUGAACGGAGAGGAAGGUAGCAGGGUAAAGGCUUCCUUGAGCCGACAGGUCUCUGCUGCUAGCUGUAGCUCUGGCCCACUGCACCUGAGGAAUCUGCACCACAAGUGGGUUCAUGCUAUCCCAGGCCGGCAGCAGACAGCAAACAGCCCAGACCAGCCUGCCCGGAGUCAUCUGGAUGAUGACGGGAUGCCAGUCUAUGCUGAUGUCAUUCAGCAGCGCCUCCGUCAGAUUGAAAGCGGGCACCAGCAGGAGGUGGAGACCUUAAAGAAGCAGGUGCAGGAGCUGAGGAGCCGACUGGAGAGCCAGUACCUGAACAGUUCGCUCCGCUUCAAUGGUGAUUACGGGGAUGAAGUGACUUCAAUACCUGACUCGGAAAGCAAUCUGGAUCAGAACUGUUUGUCUCGCUGCAGUACAGAGAUUUUCUCUGAAGCCAGCUGGGAGCAGGUGGAUAAGCAGGACACAGAGGUGACACGAUGGCUGCCUGAUCACUUGGCUGCACACUGUUAUGGCUGCGACAGUGCAUUCUGGCUCGUCAGCAGGAAGCACCAUUGCAGGGACCCUGAACGUGUUGAUCAGACUUGGAAUUGUGGGAAUGUCUUUUGCUCCAGCUGCUGUAACCAGAAGGUGCCAGUCCCCAGCCAGCAGCUCUUCGAACCCAGCCGGGUCUGCAAAUCCUGCUACACCAGCUUGCAUCCCGGUAGCUCCAGCCUUGACCUUGAACUGGACAAACCCAUUGCUGCCACUUCAAACUGAGGCUCCAGCCUGGAAGGAAAGCUGGGAAGAGACUGCACUGCCUCUCCCAGCUCAGCAGAUCACGCACAUUUCUCAGCGGACUGAAGGUGGUAGGACUGGAGGAAGCCUUGCACUCUGGAGUUGGGAGGACGGAGGACUUGCUCAGAAGGAUGGGAUGUCGGGGGGGUGUUGGUGGAGUGGAAAUCCCUCCUUUCCAGCAGUUAAUUCCCAGUUUCAUUUUCAUCCUCCUCAUGUAAAUUUUGUGUGGAUUUUUGCUGGAAGACCAUGAGAAGAGGGGCUGGGCUGGAAUCUGUCCCCCCUCCCCCCCGCACAGAUGUUUUCACUGCCCUGCUGUCAAACUGUGCUGCAGACCUAUGAUUCUACCGUGCUGAGAGGAGAGAGGAGGGGUAAUCAGUCCAGAGACUUUGUGAAUACCUGUAGUGUCAGUGCUAGUGCUUUUCAGUCACUCCUGUUCCUUCCCAACAGCUGACUGCUGUUUGGGAAAAGUUGUUGCUGCUAGAAGAAAUGGGAGCUGCCUUCUCAAACAACAAAAACAAAAAACUCUCUCCCUCUCUGUUCUUAGAGUGGGCUUAGUUAACCUUGCUGCACAAAUGGGGGUGGACAGGCGGGGGGAAUUGGUUGCAGAUCUCUACAUUGGGCACUUCCUGUUUUUGGCCGACUUGUGGCUUGAAAUGGGUGGGAAUCAACUGGACCACUGUGGCUGAAGAAAGUGUAUGCUUGUCUGAGGGAAGCGAGAGGGGAAGGGGGGUCGGAGAGGCCAAUCUUGUUCAGGGUUGUAUUUUGAAACUGGCACCUCAAUGCGUAAGACUCUUGGCAUGUGCAAUUCAUUAUAAAAGAAUUGGGAUUUGGGCUUGUUAGUAGCUGUUAAAAUAUCUACCCUUGCCCCAUUUUUAAAAAAUAGUUUACACGGAAGGCAGAGCUGCGUCACUGCACUGGGCAGGCUGCGUUGCAAAGUCAGACGACGCUGUCGGGCAGGCUCCCCCCCCUCAGGAGACCCCCAAAGCAAGUAGGGAUGGCUUUGAUUUAUAGAAGGGGAGCCAGUUGGUCAGUGAAGACUGCUUUGCUGCUGCCCCAAAACUAGGGCAUUUUUAACCUUUUAAUACAGAAGACACAACUCAACCAAAACAAACUUAUGUGCCCUUUACAUUAACAUCACUUUUCUACUGUUGGUCUACAAAGAUUUGAUUGAGUCCUCAUUUUUUUAUAUAUAUAUCCCCACCCCCCAAAAAAUCCCUCUGUUUAUAGUUUUGGGGGUGGGGGGGAGAGAAUACCUAUUUUCCACAACUUACCGCCUAGGCUAAGCUGAAGCAGCUUCUACCUUAAUUAUACCAUCAAGUAGUGAUGUGCUUCUAUUUUCCUCUGCCCGGAGCUGGAGAAUUUGGGCCUUUAUCACACAGCUGCCACUUGAAACUGCCUCUGCUUAAUGUCUUCUCCAUGCCACCAGUUCAUGUGCAGCACUGGCCUCCGUAUGGUUCUUACACAUUGUGUGCGCAGCUUCCACACUGGAGCCGGCAACUGACUGGAAUGUGUGGCGCUGUCAUGAAAUCUCUCCGCAGUGUGUCAAAACCAGAAGGUGGAAAUGUGUGUUCAAAGGAGCAACUUGGAGAAGAAGAGAUUCCACACAGGUCGUUUCAAGCAGCAACUGUGUCGACUAAAAAAAAAAAGAUGCAAAGUUACAAUUAAUUCAUUGCCAAGAGAGGGAAUAUAAAGACGGCGCUUUCUAAAGCGAAGUGUAGAGUGUCUUGGAAUACCUGAUAGAGGAAAGACCUGUCAGCAUAUUUAUUAUGUUUCCUUGUUCUUUGUGAAAAGGUGCAUGUGUUGCUUACAACACAGCACUUGAGAAUGAAAAUUGAGUUUCCAGGAAGCAUAGGAAGGCUAACUGGGGACAUACCUUCUCAGCACUCCUUGUUUCUUCCAACUGGGAGAAGACGUACUGCAAAGUCUUAAUUCCAGUUUGGCUUUUUUAUAUAAAAUGGAAUGUUCUGGGAAUAUGCAGCAAAGGUGCGUAGAACAGUUCAAAGUUUAGAGGAGAAAGUUGGAACAGUCAAAGGAGGGGCCACCAAGAGCUCAUCGGUACUUUGCCAUUAAAAUGGGUGAGUAGAAGAGACAUGUUUUUGAAGGGAAAUGGUAUUGUGACACACUGCAGCGCUGUGGUUUUUAUGGUACAAGUAGAGGGUUGACAACCAAGGUCUAAUAUUCUGCAGUUCAUAACGACAGGUGCCAAGAGGUUCUGAUACGGGUUUGGGGGGGUCUGUGAUGUACAGUGUGAAUAAACGCUUGCAACUCUUCGUCUUUUUGAUCAAUGGAGCACUUUUUAUUACUCUUCUUUCUUUAUAUGUAACGUGUGUG